UGGCAGGUGCUCUGCUCAAGAUGAAUCUCAACUUCACCUCUCCUCUACACCCGGCGUCUUCUCAGAGGCCCACAUCCUUCUUCAUCGAGGACAUCCUGCUGCACAAGCCCAAGCCGCUGAGGGAGGUGGCCCCAGACCAUUUCGCCAGCUCUCUGGCCUCUCGGGUGCCUCUGCUAGACUAUGGCUACCCCCUCAUGCCCACACCCACCCUCUUGGCUCCUCACGCCCAUCACCCUCUGCAUAAGGGAGACCACCACCAUCCUUAUUUCCUCACCACCUCGGGGAUGCCUGUCCCAGCGCUGUUCCAGCACCCCCAGCACGCGGAGCUGCCGGGGAAGCACUGCCGCCGCCGCAAAGCCCGCACGGUUUUCUCUGACUCGCAGCUCUCGGGCUUGGAGAAGAGGUUCGAGAUCCAGCGCUACCUGUCCACGCCAGAGCGAGUGGAACUGGCCACGGCCCUCAGCCUGUCCGAGACGCAGGUGAAAACAUGGUUCCAGAACCGGCGGAUGAAGCAUAAAAAGCAACUGCGGAAAAGCCAAGACGAACCCAAAGCACCAGACGGUCCAGAAAGCCCCGAGGGCAGCCCCCGCGGUUCAGAGGCCGCAGCCGCCGAGGCUCGGCUGAGCCUGCCCGCCGGCCCCUUCGUGCUGACCGAGCCAGAGGACGAGGUGGACAUUGGAGACGAGGGGGAGCUGGGCUCAGGGCCGCACGUGCUCUGAGUCGCCAGGCUGGGGAGGGUGGUAGGCAGGGGAGGAGACUGCGGGGCCGAGCGCCGUUCCCUCCCGGACGGGAAGACUCAGACUCCAGUCUCGUGGCGGGCCUUGGAGAUUCGCUCCUGGAAGACAAACAAAACCCACCUGUCCUCCAGGCCGGUGCGGAGCCACUGAGGCCCGCGGCCCGGCCUCCCGCUUCCCCUCGCGCCCUCCCGGUCCCAGCCACUGGAGAGUGUGCGCCCGGGCGCGCAUUUUCCUGCGUUCGUCGUCCUUGGGGUCGGGGACCAGCCCAGUACCGCGUCCUAGACUGGAAAUUCGACUUUCGGCUCUCUGUUUUCUGCGAUCAGAGACCCCUUUCUCCCUCGCCUCUCAGCAACUUGCCCCUAGCUCUGUUCUUUCCUCACCACGCCAACUCCUUGCCCUUUCUUGGGCAGUCCGUUUGUCUGCAAAGGGACCAGGUCUCUGGGGCCUCCGCUCCGCGGGGAUCCAGAUAGAACCGCAAUCUGAUCUUUAAAACGUCCAGUGUCAGGACAGACUCAUGCACUGCUCGUCACUAACCUCCCGCUCGCUCCCAUCCCCCAUGCCCCGAGUCUCAUCUCUGACUCAAAUACGAAGGCGACUCCCCCCUUCUCUGGGCGGCGCUUCCAUCCUCUCUCGUCCCUGUUCUCCGCUAGAGCUCGCGGUUCUGCAUCCUGGCACCCUUCCUCAACUUGUGGCCCCCAGGCGCAGACGCCCCUUACGCCCUGUGUCCCGCGUACUGCGCGGCGCCAGCGCGCGGCGGGAAACUUGGGCACAGA